AUGCGGGACGCUCGCCCUGGAUAUGCUGCCCUGUUGCGCUUGUCUGCAAGCGCAGAUGGAGACGGCUACAAGACGACGCCAGGGCAGCCGUCUCGCGUGGCCUGCUUCGAGGAGGCUGACGCAACGAGGCCGCCGGCGCGAGCAGCCAAGCAAUCAGUGCAGUCACAAGAACAGGGCGCAACGGGGCAUGGGGGAGGGCGAGAGGCGAGAGGCAAGAGACACAGACACAAGUGGAAAGAUAACGGCGAAACACAACAACGGAGGACCGAGGCGGCCUCCAUUACACAGCAUAUACAUGAACGGCGUACAGGGUACAGAGGCCUCAUAGCCACCCAGCAGGAGGAGCAGCGGUAA